AUGGAUGACGACUUAUUCUCCUCCAAAGUCGGCCGUAUUUUGCGUCUAAACUACCGCUUAACUAGGAAAAUCAUCAAUCUAGCUCAGCAAACAGGAGACAUCACCCAGGAAGUCAAGAAACUCCUCAAGAUUCUUUAUGACAGCAUCACUGAUUUGAAGGACCUUUCCAGCGAAUACAUCAACUCUGACAUCCCAAAUGGUCCGAAGUACGCUGAUGAGAUUGUCUUGCAUGCUUGGCGUACUUUCUUUCACCCUAUUGAGGCACUUCGUCAACUCCCUUCGUGCGGAGAAUUCGUCGCAGCAAGAAUGUACCUCUGCAUUGGAUGGGGGUUCUAUGAGGCUCCCGCCGUGAAGUUGGAUUUCAAUUAUGACACCCUGGCCAGAGAAACAGCGCCUCUGUACGAAUUCAUCGUUGAUCUUGAUGAUGCUCUCCUGGAGCCCUUGAAGAAAGUCUGGGCGCUCAGUAGAAAUCGCGAGCGUUUCGACUGGGUUUUCACGGAUUUUGACGCCACUUCUUUCCGUACGACGGUUGGAGCACUUUCACCGCAAGAACUAGAAGAUCUUGGUGGUAUCCGACGAAGGGAAUAUUGGUACAACGAUCCAACAGAAUCUGACGAGUAUAUUCUUUACACAGGAAAGAUGCCACGGUGGGACUGUGGCGAGCCGCCAAGAACAGACAAGCAUGUAGCGGUAGUUGAGUUGAUCAUGCAUUAG